CCCCUUUGCUGUGAUCUCAUAUGACAGCCUUUCUCCUCAAACUCUAGCAUUUAGGGCAGACGACAGAGAAAUGGCUGAAGAUGCUGAGUUCGAAGCGAAAGCCGGUGAUUUGCUGUGUCAAUUCGAACGAAUUUUAGAGUCAGAUCUUCUUAUCGACGAGAUUGGAUUUAUACAUCCAUCCCAGUUUUCCAAACUGAAGGAAGAGGCAGGCAGCUCCAAAAGUGCUACGUCUGAAAUUAUGGGGUACGAUAGUUCAGAUUUUUGGCUACAAGAUCAUAAGUUGGGCAUAUCAACAGAGAUUCUUCAUCCUUUGUACAUAGCAGCUAGAAACACAUUUAUGGCUGCUACUAGGAAAUAUAGGAGCUUUUGCAACCAAGAUGCUCAAACUGUGGCUGGAGAUCAUUUAUCUGAAUUGUCAAAUUCAUUUAACAUUGUUGAAAGUGAGGUCAUGAAGCAUAGCAGAGCUCUUUUGUUGCUGAGCUGCGAUUUUGGCACUGCUUGGAAUUCCAGGAAAUUCAUAUUAUCAAAGAAACAACAUCUCUCAAUGUAUUUGGAUGAACUUCUCUUGUCAAAGCUCGUACUUUCAUAUUUCCCCAAGAGUGAACAAGCAUGGUGCCAUAGGCGGUGGGUGAUCAAGCUGCUUGUUCAAAAGGGCUAUACUGUUGAGGAAAUUUUGAAGAAAGAAUCUGAGCUAGUGGAAAGAAUAGCUGAGAUGUACAAAAUGAAUUACCGUGCAUGGAACCAUCGGUGCUGGUUAGUUUCUUACAUGCCAAGGGAACAGGUGUUGAAUGAAGUAAAGAAAACCAGAAAAUGGGCAGCAUUGCAUGUUGCUGACAAUUGUUGCUUCCACUAUCGUAGACGGCUCAUUCUCAAAAUUUUAGAGGAUACAACAUGCACAGAAAUAAGUUCUGGUCUCACCGUUGACAUUUAUCAAAUGUGGAAGGAAGAGCUUGACUGGGAUGAAAUGCUGAUAAAGCGAUAUGUUGGAAGAGAGGCUCUAUGGAUUCACCGUCGAUUCCUUUUGGCGUGUUGGAUGAUACAUUUUGUGUCCGACCCGAAUACAUGUGAGCAAGAGGGGGAAAUAAGCAACAACUUCCACUUCUUUCUAGAAAAUGAAUUAAAUCUCGUGAAUUCCUGCUCAUUUAUCCCCAAUGACGACUUUGAGGAUUUCCAAGCACAAGCAACAUAUUCUGGUGCAUAUCUCUUGUGGUUGAUCAAGAAUUGCCCAAAGCCAAAUAUGAUCCAACUGGAAGAGAAGCUUAAAGCAUGCAAUUUGAAGACUCUGCUUUACAAGGUAUGCCCAGAAGGAAGGUAUUCCCUUUGGAAAUCUUUAAUGGAUUCCAUUGAAAACUCUCAUUAGUAUGUCCGAAAACUCGAUCUCAACUUCGACUUCAUUCCUUUCCCAACGAUAGUAAAUUCUUGAUGCAAUGUUAACUUAUGAACUGCUGUGAAAUAUUCUAUUGGUUUCGAUUGAUCAUAGUACAUAUCAAAGAAGCAAAACCAUAUAUGAAGUUUUGAGA